AUGUCCGCCUCUAACCAGCCCAAGAAUGCGACUGCUCGCAAGGACGACUUCGUCCAGCGUGGCAUGAAAGGGCCCAACCGCCUUGGCAACACCAUUUUCUUCGUCUCGCGACUUGUCGAUCCAUUCUUGCAAUACAGCAUCCUGGGCAAUGGCCUUGCCAAUGGACUGAUCUCAAGACUCGGCGGCACUGUUCUGCCACAAGGCCCGCCACUGCUCACGAACACCUUCUCCGAUCGAUUGGGACUAUCGCCUUACCGAAGCAUUCUGCUUGCCAUGAGCAUCGGCAGUAUGGCGAAGCAAAACUUCCAUCUAACGACAAUCAUGCAAGAACAACUGAAGCCAAGUUCUGCCCUUGCUAUUGGCAUCGUAAAUGCUGUCUUCAACUCGAUCAACAGCUUGCUAUUCCUCACAGCCCAAACUUCCGCAAGCGUCAACGGCGAGCAUUUUCCGCAGACACCACUGAUCGUUGGUACAGUCCUCUAUGCGGUUGGGCUAUUUAUCGAAUGGUUCUCUGAACUUCAGAGACACCAAUUCAAGAAGAACUCAGCAAACAAGGGAAAGGUGUACCAAGGGGGUCUUUUCAGUUUGUCGAGACACAUUAACUACUUCGGCUACAUGAUGUGGCGUAGCGGCUAUGCUCUCGCUGGUGGUGGGUGGGUUUGGGGUGCAGUUGUAGCUGCGUCUCUCACGUAUUCGUUCACCCGGCUCUCGAUUCCGGAUUUACAGAGCUACAUGGAAGAGCGGUAUGGUGAGCAGUAUCAAGCGUACGAGCAAAGAGUGCCCUACAAGUUUAUUCCUUAUUUUGUUUGA